AUGGCCGUCGCACGCUCGAUGCGACGAACGAGUCCCGUCAGCCUGGUCUUGGCGGCUCUACUAGCAUUCGGGUUCAUCUGCUUCCUACUCUCCCCAUCCACUCCCUCCUCCGCGGUCUCCUCGCGCCAGCGCCAACAAGACGCCGCCGAACAUCCUCUCUCCCCGCCGACGAAACCCUUCUUCAAAUCCCAACAAUUACGCAGCGAUGGCGUGCAGGCCGCCCCGCCCGUGGUGCACUACAACCUCAACACCCUCACCAGCACAGCCGACUCCCGCUCCAACAACGAGCGCAUCCUCAUCCUCACGCCCCUCUCGCGCUUCUUCCGCGGAUACUGGGAUAACCUCGUGAAACUGAACUACCCGCACGAGUUGAUCUCGCUGGGGUUCAUCGUCCCCAAGACGAAAGACGGCAAUGCCGCAGUCGCAGCGCUGGAGAAGGCCAUCGCAGAGACCCAGAACGGGCCGAUAGACGCCCGUUUCGCAAGCAUCAGUAUCCUGCGGCAAGACUUCGAGCCGCCGCUCACGUCGCAGGACGAACAAGUCCGCCAUCAGCUGGGCAGUCAGAAACUCCGCCGCGAGUCCAUGUCCCGCGCACGCAACAGCCUCGUCUUCACGACCCUGGGCCCGUCCACGGAGUGGGUUCUCUGGCUGGAUGCAGACAUCGUGGAGACGCCUCCAACUCUUAUACAAGACCUAACGAGCCACGAUCGCCCCGUGAUCGUCCCCAAUUGCAUGCAGCGCUACUACGACAAGGACGCCAGGCGAUGGGCGAUCCGACCCUACGACUUCAACUCGUGGAUCGAUAGCCAGGUCGCACAGCAACUCGCAGAAUCUAUGGGUCCGGAUGAGAUCCUGCUGGAGGGAUAUGCCGAGCUCGCCACCUACCGCACGCUGAUGGCCUACCUCACCGACGGCGUGAACCUCGAUCCGCGCCGCACAAUCCCACUAGAUGGUGUUGGUGGCACGGCGCUUAUGGUUAAGGCUGAAGUACACCGCGAUGGGGCCAUGUUCCCUGCGUUCCCGUUUUAUCAUCUUGUUGAGACGGAGGGGUUUGCGAAGAUGGUCAAGAGGUUGGGGUAUGGUGUUUUUGGGUUGCCUGAUUAUUUCGUGAGUGUUUCCAACAUCUAA